AUGCAGGGCAAACAGAACCGGUUGAACGCUGUGCUGCUAGCGAAAUUGGAGCAGCUGGCGAGCAUCAAGAACCUGAGCAAGUGGAGCGAAUUUCUGAACCUCGUCGUGACCAACACGCCUGUGUUGCAACAACGCAAUGAUGCCACCAUUCAAGAGGCUGUUCUCGCGCAGACUCGGUGCCUUAACUAUCAGCUACAAACGUCGCAUUGUGCCGUCGAUGAAGUUACCGUCAACCACCACGUGAAUCUGAUUAAACAGCUGCUCCGCAAGUCGUCAUUGCCACCCAACGGCCAGUUUAUGAUUUCGGCGGUCGCCUUUCUGAUCAACGUUGCGCAAGACGACUUCGUUCUAUCCGAAUUAACUCCAGCCGUCAAACCGCCGUACUUUCUAUUGGCCCAAUUGCUCACCGCCUGGAAACAGGUGCAAGGCCAUGCCAAGGAGGCAAAAAUCCAGUUCACCGGCAAUUUUGCGACGUAUUUUGAGUCGAACGGCUUCUUCUCUGCCUCAUCAAACAGCCGUCAGUUCGAGAACGAUCGCAUGAAUCUGCUCUCUUUCAUCAAGCUGCUACGGGACCAGGAGCACCUCUCCCUGCUAAUUUCCUUCUUAUGUCACCUGUACAAUCGGUACCUCCUCACGGCCAAGAAGCCCCAGCUUGCGCUCGAAUUCCAGAGCAAAGACUUGUGGAGGAUUGACGUCGAAUUACCAGCGACCAACGUCGAAUACCUUGAUGAGGCUUUAUUCACCGCUCUCUCGGCCGGGCUCCGCCUCAACCCAAUGCACGCCUUUUGGCUCCGGUCGCUGGCCGACUACUAUUACACCAAGGGCGCGACAACAAAUGCUCUCGGUUACUAUAUGGAGACUGUAUGCGCGUGCAUGGAGAAUGAGCUGCUCCCGCCAUUCCCUGACGUUUUGCUCGACGAUUUGAUGUGGUACCGGAUUCGCGUGUGUUUGACGUCAAGCGGACAUCACACGCUGGCCGCCAUCGUUGCCCAGCUUAUCGUGGCCAAUUCGUACAGGCUGGAUCAGUACCUCUUGGCGGCAAACAAUAUCCGCACUCAAUCGGUGCUCGACACGAUGGAGACCCUCGCGCCGUUGUGCUUCGACCAUGCGCUAGUCGAGACGCUGACCGACACGUUCGAACGGAUUCAGAUGACCACCCGGACGGAUGCUUUUGUAUUGGCCUCCGGACAACCCUCACUGAACAUGGCCAACUCGCCGGAGGUGAUGAUCGCCGAACGGAGCCGCCGUACCGUCCGCCUCCUUCGCACCAUUGCCGCUAUGACAUUCCGAGUCUACGCA